AUGCUGCGGAACGGAAAGGAGGGUGCUGAAGAGGCUGCGGCGGCGGCGGCGGGGGCGGAGCGCUUUGGGGAGAGUGGGAGCAGAGAGGACACAGCACAGCGGAGCACAGCGAGCAAUGCGUUUGUACUGGGGUGGCCAUGUGGCUGCUCGCCUCCAUUUAUAAACGGCGUGGGAGGUGACGGCCAGACCGGAGUUAUGGAGCGAUUGCUCAUCCCGCCGGCCCCCACCGCCCUCUCCAACCCGCCACCCGCACCUCCUUCCUCCCUCAACCUCGUGCCGGACUGCAGCGGCGCCGCCGCCGCCCACGCCUCCUCUCUCCGUCGGCCUGAGGCUGGGCUGAAGCGGCGGCACCGCUUGCGCCUCCACAACACCCCCCACCCUCCGUGGCGCCGGGCUCCAGCGGGGCGCUGCCCGCGCCUCCUUCCCCUCGGCCUGCGCUGGGCUGGAACCUGGAGCGGCGGGAGGCGCGAGCAGAAGGGCAAAGUGAAAGCGGGUGACCACGGAAGCCAAGUCGCCGACGCUGCAAGAGCAAGAAGGGGAUGGCGGUGGCGACCAUCUCCCGCCGCCGCCACAUGCUCCCACGUCCGGCCGUCAACCAAGGCGGCCUCGCGCUCCUGGACGGGGAGCGGAGGCGCUGGGCCGGCUGCGUGCGCCUCGUGGCCGGCCGCGACGGGGAGCAGCGGCCAGGACGCAAGGGCUUCCGGCGCGGUGCUGCUGGUAGCGGAUGGCCGGCCGCCGGUGGGGGUGGACGGUCCGCGCAUGCCUCCUGCCGGCCAGCGGCGUGGAGCGAUGGACACGGGCCGGAGACGUGGCGGGGAGCGCCGCUGUCGAGCAGGCCGCGCGCGCCUGGCCGGCACGGCAGGGAGCAGCAGCACCGGGCCGGCCGCGGACGGCGAGCGCUGGCGACGCAUGCCUCCAGCCCAGCCGAAGCGACGAGCAGCGGCGCCAGGCCAACGGCGCAUGCCUCCAGCCCGGCUGUGGGCGGCGAGCAGUGGCCUGCGAGCCGCGCCUGCCUCCGAGACGCCCGUGGGCGAGGAGUGGCGACCGUACGCGCCAUCUGGUAGCCUAGCCUUCUCGGAUUGCUUGCUCGGGGAAAAAUAG